AUGGCAAAAGGUACUACAUUAAAUUUAAGUCAAAACUUGUUAUACAUAUUUUAUAGUUUACUAAAACAACGCGACCAUUGAAUUAUUAUAUAGUUGUGGAAUAUAAUUUAUUUUGUAAAUAUCACGUGGGAAAAAAUCAGUAUAUGUUAAGCAUUUAAUAAACGUUGAGGCCUUCACUAUCAAUAGUGGAUUUCAUGUUUACUAGUGAUUUUAUUAUAAUCAUAGUAUAUGUUUAUUAAACGUGGAUGUUUAGAAUUUUAUUAUGUAUUGAAUGGGUGUAUAAUAUCCCUGUUUAAAAUAUGUUUAAUAAACAUUAGAUAGAUGUAUAUAAAUUUGCAAACACGAAAACGACUAGUAUUCGAUGAGAUUCAAUUUGCCUACUAAACCCUUUCUGAUAUUAUUCAUACCUAUUCUGUAAACUAAAAUAAUAAACUGGAUACUCAAAUUUUAAUUCUAUAAUAUUAGAACCAAAUUCAUUGAUAUCAGCAAUAAUAAUUUCCUUUCCUGGGGGUAGGCAAAGCGACCAAAAUUAUGCAAAGAAUGCAGCAACUAUAGAGGUAUUACCUUAGUGAAUAUAACCUAUAAAAUCUUAUCGUAUUGCAUUCUAGACAGAAUCAAACCUUUGACGGAAAAUAUCAUAAAUGACUAUCAAGGUGGUUUUAGAGAAAAUAAAUCCACAAUAGAUCAAANAAAGGAUGAUAAAAAAGAAUGCAGCAACUAUAGAGGUAUUACCUUAGUGAAUAUAACCUAUAAAAUCUUAUCGUAUUGCAUUCUAGAUAGAAUCAAACCUUUGGCGGAAAAUAUCAUAAAUGACUAUCAAGGUGGUUUUAGAGAAAAUAAAUCCACAAUAGAUCAAAUAUUUAUUAUAAGACAACUAGCUCAAAAAACCUGGGAAUUCGAUCAAGAACUACAUACACUUUUUGUAGAUUUCAAAAAGGCGUAUGAUAGUAUCAACAGAGAAAGUAUAUACAAAAUUUUAGAACAUUUCUGCAUCCCACAAAAGCUUAUAGGAUUAAUUAAAGCCACUUUAAAUGGAACCAUGGUAAAAGUGAAAGUUGAUAAUGUACUAUCAAGAGAAGUUCAGGUGAAUACAGGCUUACGGCAAGGUGAUGCACUAUCCCCAAUUAUUUUUAAUCUAGUUCUGGAAAAAGUAAUUAGAAUAAUGAAUAUUUCACCAGAUGAAGGGGUGAAACUCGAUGGAACAUCAAUAAGUAUUUUAGCAUACGCAGAUGAUAUAGUGCUUUUAGGAAAUAAUGUAAAUACAGUGAAAAGUCUGUGCGAAAGACUUAUAACAGCAGCGAGAAGAGUUAGAUUGCAAAUUAAUGAAGAGAAAAGAUUAAAUGGAAAUAAGUACGAUACGGAAGACAAGCAGAAGAGUUUCUAA